CUUCAUCAAUAGACAAUAUCACAAAUAUCACGACUUAAAAGCCAUGGCCCUCCUCACACGCGUUUUGAAGAGUAUGGAGCGCAUUGCUCCUCAGAGUCUUGCUGAACAUGCAUGGGACAAUGUUGGCUUACUUGUUGAGGCCCCAUAUCCAAGGACUAAGAGCGCCUCAGUCGCUUCCCAGCGCGUCUUCUUGACCAUUGACUUCACUUCUGCCGUGGUGGAUGAGGCACUCAAUGAUCCAUCUGUUGGAGUUAUCAUCGCCUACCAUCCUCCUAUUUUCCGUGGCUUCAAGAGAUUACAGCUUAAAGACACAAAACAGAGAAUGGUCCUCCAAUGUGCGGCCAAAGGCGUUAGUGUCUACUCUCCUCAUACCUCCUGUGACGCUUGUGAAGAUGGAGUAAACGACUGGCUGCUUAAAGGAUUCGGAAAUGCUGGCUCUAGCAAGGUUAUCGUUCCAGCCGAGAAUCCACCUGAAGGUCAUGAGAAGUCUGGAAAGGGUAGAAUCUUUACUUUUGACAACCCUCAACCUGUGCAACAAGUCAUCGAUCAAAUCAAGAAUCACUUACGCAUGAAGCAUGUUCGUGCUGCAAUUCAUCCAACACACGCCAACAACGAGAGGCUUAUCUCGACUGUUGGUGUAUGGGCUGGUUCCGGGUCAGAGAUGGUGAAUCACAAGGCGGAUUUAUUCCUGACUGGCGAAUUGGGUCAUCAUGAUGUCCUUGAGGCCUUGGAGCAAAACAGCACGGUUAUUCUGUGUGAACACUCCAAUACUGAGCGUGGAUACCUCCAUGAUUCCUUAAAACCCAAGCUGGAGGAACUGUUGGCUAAAGAUGGCGGUGAAGCUGUAGAAGUCAUUGUUAGUACUACAGACAAGGAUCCACUCGUGAUUGUUUAAGACCAAAAAAAUGAAAGAUUAAAUUGAUGAUAGGCGAGAAAAAAGUUUAGAACAAUGGGUUUAUUGAGAUAUUGCUUUAAAUAUGAUUCACUGGC